AUGUCAGCACCGGUUGCAACCGCGCAGCCCAGCACGAACUACCGUGCGUUUAAGAAUGCCGACAAGCCGGAGGAGGUGCGGCGCUCGAAUCUGAGCGCGGCCAAGGCCGUCAGCGACGCGGUGCGCACGUCGCUGGGCCCCAAGGGCAUGGACAAAAUGAUUCAAACGUCGUCAGGCGAGGUAGUGAUCACGAACGAUGGCGCCACCAUCCUGAAGCAUAUGGCCGUCGUGCACCCUGCGGCGCGCAUGCUCGUCGACCUCUCGCAGGCGCAGGACGUCGAGGCGGGCGACGGCACUACCUCCGUCGUCGUCAUCGCCGGUAGCCUGCUGGGUGCCGCGGAGAAGCUGCUCACGAAGGGCAUCCACCCCACCGUGAUUGCCGAGUCGUUCCAGCGUGCGGCGGCGAAAGCCGUCGAGUUCCUUGGCGAGAUUUCGACGCCGGUCGACCUGACCGACCGCGACAGUCUGCUGCGUGCGGCGACCACGUCGCUGAGCUCCAAGGUGGUGUCGCAGUACUCGUCCAUCCUCGCGCCGAUCGCCGUGGACAGCGUGCUGCGCCUCGUGGACCCGGCGAGCAGCGAGAGCGAGACGGUCGACUUGCGCGAUAUCCGCAUCGUGAAGAAGGUGGGCGGCACCAUCGACGACACAGAGCUGGUCGACGGCCUUGUGCUUGAACAGAACGUCGUCACGUCGAGCGGCGGCCCCUCGCGCGUGGAGAAGGCCAAGAUUGCCGUGUGCCAGUUCCAGCUGAGCAGCCCCAAGCCGGACAUGGACAACCAGAUUGUGGUGAACGACUAUCGCCAGAUGGACAGGAUCCUGAAGGAGGAGCGGCAGUACCUGCUGAAUAUGUGCAAGAAGAUCAAAAAGACGGGCUGCAACGUGCUGCUGCUACAAAAGAGUAUUCUGCGCGACGCCGUCAAUGAGCUGGCCCUCCAUUUCCUGGCCAAGCUCAAGAUCAUGGUCGUCAAGGACAUUGAGCGCGACGAGAUCGAGUUCCUCUGCAAGUCGCUCGGCACGAGCCCGAUUGCGGACAUUGAGGCGUUCACCGAGGACAAGCUCGCCAGUGCCGAGCUGGUCGACGAGGUCCAGCACAGCGGCGCUCGCGUCGUCAAAGUGACCAAGAUCAAGAACCCCGGCAAGACCGUGAGCGUGCUGUGCACAGGCUCCAACUCGCUGGUACUCGAGGAAAGCGAGCGCAGCUUGCACGAUGCGCUCUGUGUCGUGCGCUGCCUUGUCAAAAAGCGUGCACUGAUCGCCGGUGGCGGGGCCCCCGAAGUGCACGUGUCCCGCAAGCUCGCGCAGUGCGCGCAGACGCUGCCGACCAUGGAGGCGUACAGCUUCCAGGCAUUCGCGGAAGCGCUCGAAGUCAUCCCGACGACGCUGGCCGAGAACGCCGGCUUGAACCCGAUCACGAUCGUGACCGAGCUCCGGAACCGCCACGCCAUGGGCGAGAAGACCGCCGGUAUCAACGUGCGCAAGGGCCUGAUCACCAACAUUCUAGAGGAAAACGUUCUCCAGCCGCUUCUCGUGUCUACGAGUGCACUGGAGCUGGCAUCAGAGACGGUGUCGCUGCUGCUGCGCAUCGACGACUACCACCUGUCCCGCUAG